AUGAGUUCUCGAGUACCACGCCCUCCCAACAUGGCGCUAUGGCUGUUGUUGUUUGUGUCUUACGCCUGGGCAUUCUAUAUCCCUGGUUACUCCAUCACUCGCUACAAUGAUGGCGAUCCGAUUCCUCUCCUUGUCAAUAAAAUCUUCUCCGACCACACGCAACUGCAAUAUGCCUACUACGACCUCCCCCUUGUCUGUCCCCCGAGUGGCAGAAAACAUGGUGGUUCGCCCUUCGGAUCUGGGCAGAGCAUCUCUCUCAAUCUUGGCGAGGUGCUUCGCGGAGACCGCAUCAUGACGUCAGAUUUCGAGCUGCAGAUGGGCAAGGAUGUCGAGUGUCGGUCACUCUGUACCCGUGAAAUCAGCCGGUCGGAUGUCAAAUGGGCUCGCCAACUCGUCAGGGAUGGAUAUGUGGUCGAGUGGAUUGCGGAUAACCUGCCAGGAGCUACGAGAUUCGUGACGGUUGACCGCAGCCGCAAGUAUUAUGCCGCUGGGUUCAAGCUGGGCAACCGAGACAUCUCGCCGACCACCGGUCGCCCGCGAUACUUCAUCAACAAUCACUUUACCAUCCUGAUCCGAUGGCGGAGUCAGCCAGAGGGAGGGAAGGUCAUUGUUGGAUUCGAGAUAUACCCCAAGAGUAUCAGUGCAGAGAACCGUAAUGAAGACGGCUGCCCGAAGGUCGUCCACCAGGAGCAAGACGGACUGCAGCUAUACAUUGCACCCGACACAUCCCGACUACGCGAGAAAUACCCCGGGUCGUCGUACAUCCCCGAGGAUGAUGACGAAGAUGACGGCGCCACGUUGAAGAUCCCUUACACGUAUUCGGUCUACUUCCGCGAGGAGAAGGAUAUCGACUGGUCGAACCGUUGGGACCUAUACUUCACCAACCAGGAAGAGGGAUCGAUGACCCACUGGCUCGCGAUCGUCAACUCUCUGACCAUCUCCACCGUGCUGGGUGUGACCGUCUUUGUCAUAUGGAGUCGAACGGUCCAGGGCGAUAUCAAAGGACGUGGCGAUGGGGCCAUGGAAGAGCGGAAGCUUAAGGUGCAGUCCAGGCGGAAGACUGGUCGGCAUGCAGACAAGAAAGGGGAGAGUCUCUUGGAUCAAGACCCAGACGUGGAACACGAGGCAGACAUGUCCUCGGACGACGAGGCCUUCGAGGAUACCAGUGGCUGGAAGCUUCUUCAUGGCGAUGUCUUUCGGACGCCUGCCUACAGCGGCCUCCUUGCUCCGCUGGUCGGCUCGGGCAUGCAGUUAUUGUUCAUGGUGACAGGCCUGCUUUCCCUUAGCUGCUUGGGAGUGCUCAACCCCAGCUUCCGUGGUGGCUUCGUCAGUGUCGGAAUGGGUCUGUUCGUCUUUGCCGGCCUUUUCUCCGGCUACUUCUCGGGGCGACUAUACAAGACCUUUGGUGGAGCAGCCUGGCGGAAGAAUACUCUCAUCACCGCGCUGCUUUUCCCGGGAUUGUCGUUCUGCCUUGUCCUCAUCCUCAACUUGUUCGUGUGGGCCCAAUCAUCUAGCACGGCGAUCCCGUUUAGUACCCUCAUCGGCCUGCUUGCGCUCUGGCUUCUCAUUCAAGUUCCGCUGGUGUACAUUGGUAGCUGGUAUGGGUACGUGCGAGUGGCACCGUGGGAACACCCGUUGAAGACCAAUGCCAUUCCGCGACAAAUCCCGCCGCAGCCGUGGUAUCUCCAGAAUCUUUAUGGGCCUGUCCUCACUGGUUUGAUACCAUUCGCCGUGCUGUUUAUUGAACUACUGUUUGUGUUCAAGAACCUCUGGCAGGACAAGAGUGGUUACUACUAUGUCUUUGGCUUCUUGAGCGUGGUCUCGGCAAUCCUCGUCGUCACGGUCAUUGAGGUGACUGUUAUUGCCACAUACAGCCAGUUGUGUUCCGAGAACUACCACUGGUGGUGGCGGAGCUUCCUGGUUGGAGGCAGUAGCGCAUUCUGGAUCUUUGCAUACUGUAUCUGGUUCUAUAUGUUCAGGCUCCACGUCACCGGAUUCGUGUCGAGUCUACUGUUCUUCAGCUACAGUUUCCUCGCCUGCACGGUUUACGGUCUGUUGACGGGCACCGUCGGAUUCCUGGCUGCAUACGCCUUCGUCCGGCGUGUUUAUAGUGCGAUCAAAGUUGAUUAA